GUCAGCUUAGCGAUGGCAUAGAAGGGAUCACCGGUGCAGCCCUGCCCUAGAGCCGCUGAGGAGGCUUGGACGUCGUCUCGGGACGGUGUGGUGAGGGACCCAUCACGCCAGAGAACCACGAGGCCGCACUGAAGGCUGGAAUGCAUUAAGCUUCCGGCAGAACGUCAUUACGUUGAGAUGAUUGAUAUGCUGGCAAGCUUCGUGGUGCAAAUGAAAUUAUCUACCCCCUCUCCGCGUCUCCAUUUCUUGAGCAUAGACUUUGACGAUUUAUUGAACAUUCGAGCCACUCAAGUGGCCGGCUAAUGUGCCUGAACGAGCAGCGACGCAACUCAAGUACCGGUACAGCUCGACCGUGGCUGCAGCCCUGAACUACACUGCUAGGGCUGUUGGUGUCAUCGCAGCCCAACACUGACAAAAAAGGGCCCCUGCGUAAGAAAUAACACGGCCGUCCUAUGAGCAAACGCAGGCUGUCCGGCUCGCAAGGCGGCAUUGAAGAGAAUCCAUCCCCGCCGGGCAAGCAACCGUCAACUAGGCCAGCCGAGUCACCGCUGGUCUCGAAGCGGAGCCGCUACGUGGCCGGCUGUUCCUCACCCACAACGCUCAGUGAGAGCUCCGCCAAAAGGCUGUGCUCCGAGCAGGGAGCUGGCAGCGGCAAACCCAAGCCGCCGCGGACGCGGCUGUCAUCCAAGGCUGCUGAGUCCCGGCUGCCCGGCUGGAUAUCCGAGCGCGAUUGGAGGGAGGCCGGCUCGUCUUCGGGCUCCAGUCAAAACUCCUCCGAGAGGCUAGAUCAGGGUAACAAGCCCUCCGACACGAAGCGAACUCAACGAGGGACGGACACAGUGCCAACCGCCGCUUCAGGGAUUCAUCGCCGGCGCCGCUCGCAGGAGAACGACGCGUCCCGGCCAAGUCUAGCGCUAGCUAACCGGAGCCUGAGGAAUGUAGAACCUCCGACGGAAGAGGACCAGGUAGUGCCGAACGUCGUGUUUUACGAAGACGAGGACGACCAGCUAGUUGUGGAUGAGCAGCCGGUGCCGACAGCGACCCGCGAUGUGGCUGCCGCUUGACGCUCCUAUGGCGGUUGACGCUGCGUAGUUCGGUGAAAUGGCGAGCUCCGCUUCCAUGCCAGAACAAAAUGACCAGGAUUGGCCUUGCAUAGAGCUGAGCAACACGGCUACACUGUAAAAUAAUUGAUACGCUUAAAAGUGAAAAAGGGUGUAAAUGUGUGUAUAACUCACCCUUAGGGUGCCAGGUAUAUAAAUCACACCCUAAGGGUGUGAGUUAUAGACGCAUUUACACCCUUUUUCACUUUUAAAUUUGUUAAUUAUUUUACUACAGUGUAAUCGUGUGUGUUUUACAUGAUUACUGACGCCUCGAUUGGCAGCCUGUGCGCGCCCGACCCACUGACACGCCAUUAGUGGAAGAGAAACAAAUUUUUAGCCCUCUAAAUAUGUCAAUGAUAUCCAGGCGGCAGUUUUCAAUUCAGCGCUUUUUUUUAUCUUCUUGCAGCAAUGGGUUACUUAUGACUUAUUUUGUUGUAGCGCAAGCUGAACAAGGACCACAGAAAGGCACAUCUGACACACACAGCGCUAACUUUCAACAACAGAUUUAUUUCCCGUUCUCGUCGCUAUCCUGUUCUCGUCGUUCUCAAAGCGUCAUACAGCACGUGUAAACUUUCGGUAAAUAUUCACAAAAAAGUAAACUGGGAACCUGGGAAUUUUUUUUGCUAAUAUUUACCGAAAUUUUACACGUGCUGUAGAUGUUUCGAGACUUUAUAUAUAGCGACGAGAACGGGUAAUAAAUCUGUUGUUGAAAGUUAGCGCUAUGUGUGUCACAUGUGCCUUUGUGUCGUCCUUGUUCAGCUUGCGCUACAACAAAAUAAGAUACGCCGUACCAACAAGCCCCUAUAGCUAUCCUCAUCGGCUCACUAAUGGCCACGGUGUUACCAAGGUGCCUUAUCUUUGUAUAUCAGCAUUCUGUGUAUGUUAAAUUUUUACCCUGUUUUUACCCUGUACCCUGUUGUAAGCACAGGAAAGAGCCAAGUAUGGCAAUUUAGGGACUAUGCUUGUAAGCCAGCAUAAUUUUUUAUGAUUCCGUGUACUCUACUCCCCUCUGCUGUGACAGAUUUUCCAACCAAUACUUUCCUGUUUCUCUUCGGCAAUGCAUCGCGGAAAAGGUACGGCGACAUAUGGUAAUCUACAAGCAAUGUGUAAAGAAAAAAGUGGACAACAGAAAAGCAAUGUACAGGGUCCUGAAUAUUUCGCUGCGCGUGUUCGAAAAAAGAUUUUGCAUUCACCGCUGCACUGUUCUUGCUCAAAUUUUGCAGAACGAUUGCAUUUUGGCUUCGACUUGCUUAGUAUAGCAUUUGGCACAGUUAAUUGCCUGGUCUUCAAGAAAAAAAAGGGCAUGUUUGCCUGCUCUUACGGGAAUGCGAGCUCCUGCCUGGACGACGCAAGCAUAAAUUUGUUUCGCCGCUUGCCGUCAGCUGCAGAAAGCAGAAAACUGCUGCAAUGAUAUUUGAAAUAUGUUUAUUCCGCCUAAAGUCACAGGUUAAUGUAAUAUACGCCUAGGUAUUUGUUCAACUUUCGAUAGCGUUAUACCAUUUAUCUCAUAUGUAAUGCUAGAUGGACUUGUUUUGUUGGUUAUGGCCAUGGUGACAAAUUUUCAUAUCAUGAAUUGACUAUACCAGUUAGAGUGCCAGACAGCUGAAGUGUUGAGGGAUUUUUUUGGGCGCAUUGUGGCCCCUGUAAAUAGUGAUUUUUCUGUAUAGUCGCUCGCGAAGAGCUUUAUAUUGGAAUCGUGCUAGCUGUGAUGUCAUCAAUGCAGACUAAGAAGAGCAACUGCACAAGAACAGAGCUUAGAAGAGCUCCAGAGGUAACUUCGACCGUGUUAGCUGGCAUGUUUUGGUAGACUACAUAUUGUGAGCGAUUCGCGAGAAAAUGUUUUACCCAGGCUGAAAGUGGCCCUUUUAUAACAACACUUUAAACAUGAACAUGAAAAUAAAAUGCAAGUUGCACGACAA